CUGGGUCUAGGCGGCUGGGUAGACUCGCGAAAGGACCUCAAGUACUCUCGUCUGGUCGCGGACCCUGCACUGAGGAGGAACUUCGUCAGUCAUCUGGUUGACUUCCUACUGCGGCACGAGUUUGACGGCGUGGGACCUUGACUGGGAGUUUCCUGGGUGGGAGGGAGUGGAGACCGACAAGGAAGGGUUCACAGCGUGGGUGCGUGAGCUGAGGGAGGCCUUUGACCCCCACGGCCUUCACCUCUCCUCGUCAGUCAGUGCGGGGCUGGAGACAAUUGACCGUGGAUAUGACCUCCCCGCCAUUUCCCCGCACCUUGACCUUAUUCUGCUUAUGAGUUAUGAUUUCCACGGUAACUGGGAACCCACAGUGGGCCACCCCUCGCCCCUGCUCCCCCAGCCAGGCAGGCACCCUCACUACAAUGUACAAGGCGCCGUUGACCACUUGAUCAAGAGAGGCGCGCGGCCAGACCAGAUUGUGAUGGGUCUGCCUUUCUACGGUGUGUCCUGGAGCCUAGCAGACCAGGGGGCAGGACAGACCAGGGCGGCGGCCACAGGGGAGGGCAGGGCGGGGCUACACUUUGCAACUCAGGGAAAAAUGUCUUAUUACGAAAUAUGUUUGGCGAAGAUGGAGGGCGGCUGGCAGGACACGCGCGGAGCUGGUGGUUCCUAUAUGCACAAGGAUGACCUUUGGGUGGCUUACGAUGACCCACAGACUCUGAAGAAGAAAGCAGAGUACGCCAACAUGCGAGGCUUGGCAGGCGUCAUGAUCUGGGACAUAACUACGGACGACUUCGGUAACUACUGCCAAGAAGGUCGUAAUCCUCUCAUCACAGCUGUUGCCAAUGCUCUACAAGGCACCAGCACGACCACACGACCCUCCACCACCACCACGCCCACGCCCAAACCCACCCAGGAAAUAGAAACUGAGAAAAUUCCAAAUAUUCCACGCAGGCAAACCGCAGCUAGGGAUUUUACAACGUCACCUUGCAUAGUUCGUUUCGAUGGUACACGGCACUGCCCCUGGGACUUCACGACCACCAGGGGCACGACCACGACAACUCCAAGGCGUGCAGAGGACCAGGGUACGACCUCCCAGACGGCCUACCCCUGGCAAGCUUGGCCGUUAUUCAGUCAGACAGCCAGCAAGACACCCACACCCUUCCAGCCUGCACCUACACCUCCUCCUCCUCCUCCUCCUCCUCCUCCUCCUCCUCCUCCUCCUCCUUUCUCCACUCGUCCUCCUCCUCCUUUCCCCUUUCGUCCUUCUCCUCCUGCCUCCUCCCUGGCCCAGUCCUUAGUGUGGUUUGAAAGCUGCUCCGCCCUCGGAUUUGCUAGCGAUCCUAAUUCCUGUGGCAGCUUCUACAAGUGCACCAAUAACUUUGCAUACAGAUUCUCGUGUCCCGCUGGCUUGCUGUGGCGGCAGGACCCUGGACUGUGUGACUGGCCGUGGGCUGUGCAGUGCGUGUCGCCCCUCACCAAGCCUGACCUCUCCCUCUUUCUGCCUCCCCCUAGUGCGAGAUUUCUAUAACACACACACACACACACACACACACACACGGUUAGUUAGUGUAUUGUUUAUAUAUUUUUUUACGAUACAUUACAACUUUGAACACACACAUACACACGUCGUUUUGAUACUCUCUCUCUCUCUCUCUCUCUCUCUCUCUCUCUCUCUCUCUCUCUCUCUCUCUCUCUCUCUCUCUCUCUCUCUCUCUCUCUCGUCUACAUUUUUCUUCCUCCUAUUUUCUUCCUCUUCCUCUUUUUCUUAUUAUUUCUUUAUCAUCCUUUUGUCAUCUUCGUCCUCUUGUUCUUCCUCUUUUUUUUUUUUUUUCUUCCUCCUGAAGCGUUACCAUAGCAACCCCUUAGUGUUUACAUUCACAUCUCGGCCCCUCACAUGACAAUACAAACAAAACCAAAUCAAUACCUAAAUAAGCUCAGCCGGUGAUUGGCUAUUUUUUCAGACAAUUCCUUGUAGGUUUUAAGAUACUCCAGCCGUAGGAUUGUGAAUAAAAACGAGAAAUAAGA